UGGCCCGUGACGUGGAGCCAUGCCGCGUACCCAAGCGUCCCCGCUUCACAACCGCCAUCGUCUGUCCCCGUCCACAACCGCCGUUACCUCUUCUUGCCAUCUAAUGGCCGCUGCCUCCGCCAUGGCUAGAACUUCCUCUGAGACGACUUCUGAGGAACAAGUGAUCACCCAGGAGCCCAAAGAGGCCAACUCCACAACGGCCCAGAAGAACAGCAAGCAGAGGAAGCGACGGCGCCGAGCGGCCCGCCGGUGCCACGCCAACUGCCGCGGGGACAGCUUCGCCCCCUAUUUCCGCCUGGUGCUGAAGCAGGUUCACCAGGGCCUCAGCCUUUCCCGGGAGGCCGUGAGUGUCAUGGAUUCUAUGGUUCAUGACAUACUGGACCGCAUCGCCUCCGAGGCUGGUCGCCUGGCGCGCUCUGCCAAGCACGUGACCAUCACUGCCUGGGAGAUCCAGAUCGCUGUGCGCCUGCUGCUGCCGGGGCAGAUGGGCAGGCUCGCGGAGUCUGAGGGCACGAAAGCUGUUCUCAGAACUUCAGUAGAUGCCCUACAGCAACAGAAAAAGUGAAGACACUGAUAGAAGAACCAAG